AUGGAGGAAGAACUUGCCCAGCUUAAACAGCAAGUACAAGCACUUUCAAAAGAGCUUUCGCGGGUUUCUGAUGAGGCAGAGGUGCGCAAGGUGCACUUCAAGUAUGGCUACUACCUGGAUAAGUGCUUGUACAACGAGGUCGUGGAUAUGUUCUCGGACUCACCCGACGCCUACGUCGAGUUCCUCGGGUCACGCUACCGAGGCAAGGAAGGCAUCAAGCGUCUCUACCAAGGGCGCUUCCAGAACGCCUUCGUGAAAGGGCGCAACGGCCCUGUGGAGGGCUUCUUGCUAGACCACAUCAUGAUGCAGGACAUUGUGGACGUCGACCCGAGCGGCACGCAUGCUUGGGUGCGAAUGCGCGCGCUCAUGCAGGCCGGCACUCACCAGUCGAUCCAGGAGACUCACCCCCGUGGCCACGCGCAAUGGUGGGAGGGCGGACUGUACGAGAACGAGUACAUCAAGGAGGACGGCGUCUGGAAGCUCUUCCGGUACAGAUACUUCCCGUUCUGGCACGCCGAUUUUGAGAGGGGCUGGUCACACACACGUCGCAACUACAUCCCCUGGCCGACCAAGACGUUCCCCGAGGAUCCGCUGGGACCGGACGAGCUGCUUGAGCAGAAGAUGCUGUGGCCAGAUACGAGAGUUAUCCCCUUCCACUACCCCCAUCCAGUGACGGGCAAGCGGAUCAACGCCGAGGAUCUUCGAGCGCCGGCCUAUGGUAAGGGUGCGGAUACUGCUGAGCCCGAACUCAACUUGAAGUUGCCAGAAGUGAACUGGCUCGCACUGAGAGCCAUGGCGCACAUCUUCUCUCUCGCACCAGCGGUCUCAAACUACACAGAGGGGCGGCUCACCGGCGAUGGGGUCAAGUACCCCGACACGGAUGUCUUUCGGGGCAUGAACAAGCCCUCGCGCUUUGAAGGUGACAUCUUCGAUCUCGAGGUCACGGGCCAGAUCCCGAAGGAGAUCAACGGCACCUUCUACCGGGUGCAGCCUGAUGCCCGUUUCCCACCAGUCUUCGAGGACGAUAUCCACUUCAACGGCGACGGCAGCGUGACAGCCAUCCGCAUAGCAGACGGCCACGCCGACUUCAAGCAGCGCUAUGUCCGCACGGACAGGUACACGCACGAGACAGCAGCGCGUCGCGCAUUGUUUGGUCGCUACCGGAACCCAUUCACAGACAAUGAGACCGUCAAGGGAGUCAUCCGCACGGCGAGCAACACCAACGUCACGUUCUGGCGCGGCAUGCUGCUCGCGAGUAAAGAGGACGGGCCGCCAUUUGCGAUGGAUCCCGUGACGUUGGAGACGAUCGGGCGCUAUGACUUUGAGGGCCAGAUCCUCGCGCCGAGCUUCACCGCACACCCAAAGUUCGACCCUGACACGGGCGAGAUGCUUUGCUUCGCGUACGAGGCCGGUGGAGACGGGUCUGAUGGCUCCUGCGACGUCGUGGUGUGGACGAUCAAUGCCGAUGGUGUGAAGACGGAGGAGACGUGGUAUAAGGCGCCUUUUGCGGGAAUGAUCCAUGAUUGUGGCAUAUCCAAGAAUUAUAUGGUGCUGCCGCUGACGCCGUUAAAGAUAUCUGUGGAUCGGAUGAAGAAAGGAGGGAACAAGUUUGCGUGGGACCCGAAUGAGGAUCAAUGGUACGGUCUUGUGCCGAGGAGGGGAGGAAAGCCAGAGGACAUCAUCUGGUUCAGAGCAGACAACGGUUUUCAUGGCCACGUAGCAGGCUGCUACGAGAACGAGGACGGACACGUCGUGGUGGACCUCACGGUAGCAGACGGCAACGUCUUCUUCUUCUUCCCGCCUGACGGCGAGGAGCAGAGUGGGCUGGCGAAGCGCAAUAAGCUCAGCAGCCCGACUGUGCGCUGGGUGCUCGACCCCAAGGCGAAGACCGACACCCGCAUCACCCCAGCGUUCGCGUGGUCAACCAACGGGGAGUUCUCGCGGAUUGAUGACCGCUGGGUCACCAAGAAGUACCGCCAUUUCUGGCAAGUCAAGGUUGACCCGGCAAAGCCUUAUGAUUUCGCGAAGUGCGGGCCGCCAGCUGGGGGGCUCUUCAACUGCAUGGGCCACUACAUCUGGGACAAGAAAGAAGAGCGCGCGGUAGGCCAAGAAGAUGUCUUCUAUGCCGGGCCCACGAUGACCUUCCAAGAACCGGUGUUUGUGCCCAAAGAGGGCGGCGGCGAGGGCGAAGGCUACCUGAUGGCGCUGCUCAACCACCUGGACGUGUUGCGCAAUGAUGUCGUAGUGUUUGACGCGCAGAAGCUAGCUGCGGGCCCUCUGGCCGUCAUCCACCUGCCGCUGAAGCUGAAGCUGGGGUUCCAUGGCAACUUCGUAGAUCAACGCGAUAUCGAAGCGUGGGAGAAGCGGAGGGCUGAGGAAUUGGGACCGGUGAAGCCGGCGACGGAGCCAUUGCCGUGGCAGAAAGCAUUUGCGCAACAGAACGGUGAGGCCAAAACAAACGGACACAACGGUCUAAGCCCAACAAACGGGGCUCAUUCGUAG